AUGUCCAUCUUACCCAACCACCACCACCAUCCUGCCGCCAUCGGCCGCCACUACCGCCGCCGUAGCCACCGUGUUUAUGCCGCGGCAACAACUCCAACAAAAACCAGACCGAAACUCGAAAAACUAACCAUUAACCCAACACCCCUCAUUACUCCACCCAAACUAGAUGACCCAAGUCUUAAAUCGACAUGGUCUCACCGUGCAUGGGUGGCCACCGGUUGCACCACCGUGAUAGCUUCUCUAGCUGCCUCGUUAAUCGGUUCGAUCGACUCACACAUAUGGCUCGAACCCAUCUUGUCUGGGUUUGUCGGCUACUUGUUUGCGGACCUCGGGUCCGGUGUCUACCAUUGGGGCAUCGACAAUUACGGCGAUGCCUCAACUCCAGUAUUCGGUUCGCAAAUUGACGCAUUUCAGGGACAUCAUAAAUGGCCUUGGACGAUCAUUAAGCGUCAGUUUGCGAACAAUUUACACGCGUUGGCACGUGUAACUACGUAUACUGUGUUACCGAUCGAUUUGAUCUGGCACGACCAACCGGUGGCGAUGGGGUUCGUCGGGGUGGCGAGCGGGUGCAUCAUGUUUAGCCAGCAGUUUCAUGCUUGGGCUCAUGGGACUAAGAGCAAACUGCCGCCGUUGGUGGUGGCGCUGCAAGACGGUGGAGUACUUGUUUCACGAUCACAACAUUCAGCCCACCACCGGCCGCCGUAUAACAACAAUUACUGCAUCGUGAGUGGGGUGUGGAACAGGUUUUUGGAUGAAAAUAAGGUGUUUGAAGCUUUGGAAAUGGUGGUUUUCUUCAAGAGUGGGCGGCGGCCGCGGUCGUGGAGUGAGCCGAACUCCGAUUGGACGGAAUCGACGGUGGAGUCUCCGGCGAUGGCUGAUUGA